AUGGAGAGAUACGACAUCUUAAGAGAUCUUGGCUCCGGUAACUUUGGAGUUGCCAAACUUGUCAGAGAGAAAGCCAACGGAGAGUUUUACGCCGUUAAAUACAUCGAGAGGGGACUUAAGAUUGAUGAACAUGUACAGAGAGAGAUCAUUAACCAUAGAGACUUGAAGCAUCCCAAUAUCAUCAGAUUCAAAGAGGUUUUUGUAACACCAACACAUCUUGCCAUAGUAAUGGAGUAUGCAGCCGGUGGUGAACUUUUUGAAAGAAUUUGCAAUGCCGGUAGAUUCAGCGAAGACGAAGCCAGGUAUUAUUUCAAACAACUUAUCUCUGGAGUUAGCUAUUGUCACGCUAUGCAAAUAUGUCACAGAGAUCUUAAGCUCGAGAAUACACUCUUAGACGGGAGCAAAUCGUCGCAACUCAAAAUAUGCGAUUUCGGAUAUUCGAAGUCAUCAGUUUUACACUCUCAGCCAAAAUCAACCGUGGGAACUCCGGCUUAUGUUGCACCGGAGGUCUUGUCCCGGAAAGAGUAUGACGGGAAGAUUGCAGAUGUGUGGUCGUGUGGGGUGACAUUAUAUGUAAUGUUAGUUGGUGCCUAUCCCUUUGAAGAUCCAGAAGAUCCAAGAAACAUUAGAAAAACCAUUCAGAGGAUAUUAAGUGUACAUUACACCAUACCGGACUACGUCAGGAUUUCCUCCGACUGCAAGCAUCUCUUGUCUCGUAUCUUCGUCGCUGACCCUGAUACGAGAAUAACUAUGCCGGAAAUCGAAAAGCACCCCUGGUUCUUGAAGGAUCCUCUGCCGGAGUUUGCAGAGGGGAAAUGCGACAGUGGAGAUGAGACAGGAGUGGAAGAAGAAGAAGAAGACAACGAAGAGAAGUGUCGACAAAGUGUUGAAGAGAUAGUGAAGAUCAUAGAAGAAGCGAGAAAGGGAGUGAAUGGCACGAAUAACAAUGGUGGAUUAGGCUUAUUAGAUGGCGGCAGCAUGGAUUUCGAUGAUAUUGAUGAUGCUGACAUUUAUGAUGAUGUUGAUGAUGCUGAUGAUCACAGAAAUGGUGAUUUUGUAUGUGCUGUGUGA